UUAAUUAGCAGUAAAAAAAUGCAUAUUUUCCAACUGCACUCAGAGACUGUACCCUCUCCUCCGUCGAUCUAGCAAAACCAUCUCUUUUGCCCUCUCUCAUUUCCCACACUUACAGAUCUGAUAGCCACUGGCGCCAGAUCGGAGUUGCGAACCACCGCCGUCGCCAUGGAGGAAGCUUUAGAGUUGGCGCGUGCUAAGGACACUAAGGAGAGAAUGGCAGGCGUAGAGAGACUCCACCAACUUCUCGAAGCUUCCAGAAAGAGUCUAUCGUCAUCGGAGGUGACGUCGCUUGUCGACGUGUGCCUGGAUCUCUUGAAAGACAACAACUUUCGGGUGUCGCAGGGCGCGUUGCAGGCGUUAGAUUCGGCCGCCGUGUUAUCAGGGGAACACUUGAAGCUACAUUUCAAUGCGCUGGUCCCCGCUGUGGUCGAGAGGUUAGGCGAUGGAAAACAGCCAGUGAGAGAUGCUGCCAGACGGCUCUUACUUACUCUCAUGGAGGUUUCUUUACCGACAAUCAUUGUUGAAAGAGCAGGAUCUUAUGCUUGGGGACACAAAAGCUGGAGAGUUCGAGAAGAAUUUGCACGGACCGUCACAUCAGCAAUUGGCCUCUUUGCAUCGACGGAACUACCUCUUCAACGUGCUAUUCUUCCCCCAAUUUUGCAGAUGUUGCAGGAUCCAAAUCCUGGUGUGAGGGAAGCUGCUAUUUCAUGCAUUGAGGAGAUGUAUACUCAGGCUGGGCCCCAGUUCCGUGAGGAACUGAACAGACAUCAGCUUCCCACAUCAAUGAUAAGAGAUAUAAAUGCCAGAUUGGAGAAAAUUGAGCCAAAAGUUCGCUCGUCAGAGGCAAUUGCGAGCAACUAUGCGGCCAGUGAGACAAAGCUUACAACUCUUAAUCCAAAAAAGAGCAGCCCUAAGGCCAAAAGCUCCAUGCGUGAGGUAUCUCUAUUAGGAGGAGAUGGUGAUAUAACUGAGAAAUCUGUUGAGCCGAUUAAAGUGUAUUCAGAGAAGGAGCUUAUCAGGGAGUUUGAAAAGAUUGCUUCAACCCUUGUUCCAGAUAAAGAUUGGUCUAUCCGUACUGCAGCCAUGCAGAGAGUGGAAGGCCUUGUUAUCGGAGGUGCGGUUGAUUAUCCCUGCUUCCGUGGACUUCUUAAACAACUUGUUGGCCCAUUGAGCACCCAACUAUCAGAUCGGAGAUCUAGCAUAGUGAAGCAGGCCUGCCAUUUGUUGUGCUUCUUGUCAAAAGAGCUCUUGGGGGACUUUGAGUCAUGCGCUGAGAUGUUUAUUCCAGUCCUUUUCAAGCUUGUUGUGAUAACAGUACUUGUAAUUGCAGAAUCCGCUGAUAACUGCAUAAAAACUAUGUUACGCAAUUGCAAAGUUUCCCGUGCACUUCCUCGUAUAGUUGACAGUGCGAAGAAUGACCGCAAUGCUUUACUUCGUGCCAGGUGUUGUGAAUAUGCACUUCUGAUACUUGAAUGUUGGGCUGACGCACCUGAAAUACAGCGAUCUGCUGACCUUUAUGACGACCUUAUUAGAUGUUGUGUUGCAGAUGCAAUGAGCGAGGUACGCUCUACUGCAAGGACUUGUUAUAGGAUGUUCACAAAGACCUGGCCUGAGCGUUCUCGACGCUUGUUUUUGUCCUUUGAUCCUGUUGUUCAAAGGGUAAUAAACGAUGAGGAUGGAGGUAUGCAUAGAAGACAUGCUUCUCCUUCUGUUCGUGAGAGGAACUCGAACACAUUGCUUGCAUCUCAAACAUCUGCACCUUCAAAUAUACCAGGUUAUGGGACUUCUGCGAUAGUAGCAAUGAACAGAAGUGCAAGUAUACCCUCAGGGACAUCUCUUUCCUCUGGACUACUUUUAUCACAAUCAAAGUCUGUAGGUAAACCCACAGAGCGUAGCCUUGAAAGCGUGCUGCAUUCAAGCAAACAAAAGGUCACUGCUAUAGAAAGUAUGCUGAGAGGUUUGGAUAUAUCUGAAAAAGGCCGAUCCUCUAGUUUGGACCUGGGAGUUGAGCCACCAUCAUCUCGUGAUCCACCAUUUCCUCUUGCUGUUCCAGCCUCAAACACUCUUACAAAUCCUUUAGUAGUGGAUUCUAUGUCUGGAAUAUCUAAAGGUGAUAACCGCAAUAGAGGCUUGAUUUUGUCUGACAUCAUCACUCAGAUUCAGACAUCUAAAGAUUUAGCUAAAUUAUCAUAUCAAAAUGAUGAGAGUGAAUCUCUAUCAGGACAUUCUUCUUACUCAACCAAGAGAGCUUCUGAAAAGCUGCCGGAAAGAUGUUUGAUCGAAGGAAAUACUGACGUUAGAGAAGCAAGGCGAUAUAUGAACUCCCAUUUUGAUAGGCAAUACUUUGAUACACCUUAUAAAGAUGCUAAUUACAGGGAUUCGCAGAAUGGCAUACCAAAUUUUCAACGACCACUGUUAAGAAAGAAUAUUGCUGGGCGAAUGUCUUCAGGCAGGAGGAGAAGCUUUGAUGAUAAUCAGUUCUUACUGGGAGAUGUAUCAAGUUAUGCAGAUGUACCAGCUUCUCUUAAUGAUGCACUGAGUGAGGGGCUCAAUUCUAGUUCAGAUUGGAGUGUCCGUGUUGCUGCGUUUAAUUAUGUGCGAUCUAUGCUUCAGCAAGGCCAGAGAGGUAUUCAAGAAAUUAUGCAGAGUUUCGAGAAGGUCAUGAAAUUGUUUUUCCAGCAUUUGGAUGAUCCCCAUCAUAAAGUUGCACAAGCGGCUCUUUCAACUCUUGCAGAUCUAAUCCCAGCAUGCAGAAAACCCUUUGAAAGUUACAUGGAGAGGAUCCUGCCACAUGUAUUUUCUCGGUUAAUUGAUCCUAAGGAAUUAGUAAGGCAACCUUGCUCAACUACAUUGGAUAUUGUUAGCAAAACUUAUGGUACAGAUUCUCUUCUACCUGCUUUGCUCCGGUCAUUGGAUGAACAGCGUUCUCCUAAGGCAAAAUUAGCAGUUAUUGAGUUUGCAAUUGGUUCAUUUAACAAGCAUGCAUCAAAUUCUGAAGGGUGUGCUAACAGUGGUAUCUUGAAGUUAUUUCUUGCCAAGUUGACACCAAUGGUCUAUGAUAAAAAUACGAAACUGAAGGAAGCUUCCAUAACUUGUUUCAUAUCUGUUUAUACCCAUUUUGAUUCAAUAGCUGUAUUGAACUUUAUUCUUAGCUUAUCUGUUGAAGAACAAAAUUCAUUGAGACGAGCCCUCAAGCAAUAUACUCCCCGUAUAGAAGUAGAUCUGAUGAACUUUCUGCAGAACAAGAAAGAGAGACGUGGUAAGUCGUCGUAUGAUCCCUUUGAUGUAGUUGGAACAUCCUCUGAAGAGGGUUAUAUUGGAGCAUCAAAGAAGAGCCAGCUAUUUGGAAGGUAUUCUGCUGGUUCUGUUGAUGGUGAUGGUGGUAGAAAGUGGACUAAUCUUACUAGUUCUGUUGAUAGUGAUGGUGGUAGGAAGUGGAGUUCUCUUAAAGAUGCGUCCCAUGUUACAGGCUUUAUUGGUCACUUAAAAUCUGAUGAAGCUCAGGAGCACUUAAAUCAUAAAAUAGAGACCAGUUCCAACCCUGAUAUCUGUCCUGAUUCUAAGAAUCUGAAAUAUGCAAGUAAUUCUGUCACUGAUAACAUUGGAUGUUGGGCUAGUGGGUUAGAAAGUAUGGAUCGCCCUGCAAGUGCUGAGGUUUCAUCAAUGCCACAUUUGAGCAUAAAUGAGUUUGUUGGAUCUGAUCAUCAACAGACCAUUGCAGACUUUGGGGUUGAGAACGAGCUUUCAUCAGAGCUGGCACUUAAUCAUUCUAAGCAUUCUGCUUUGAACAUAAACUCUGAACCAGAAGGGCUAAGCAUUCCGCAGAUUCUUCAUUUGAUUUGCAAUGGGAAUGGUGAAAGUCCUGCAGCAAAUAAGCGUGGUGCACUUCAGCAGCUAGUGGAGGCUUCAGUGUGUAAUGAUCAAUCUAUUUGGAGCAAGUACUUUAACCAGAUCUUGACUGCUGUACUUGAAGUGUUGGAUGAUUCUGAUUCAUCAAUCAGGGAACUGACUUUAUCAUUAAUCAUAGAGAUGCUGAAAAAUCAGAAAGAUGCCAUAGAGGAUUCUGUUGAGAUAGUGAUUGAAAAACUGCUUCAUGUGACAAAAGACGGAGUUCCAAAAGUUUCAGGCAUAGCAGAGCAUAGCUUAACUAUAGUGUUGUCUCAAUAUGAUCCAUUCAGAUGUUUAAGCGUUAUUGUACCUUUAUUGGUUACUGAAGAUGAGAGAACUCUUGUCACUUGCAUAAACUGUUUGACAAAGGUACUACUAAUGAAUUUUUUUUUGCUUGUGAGAUGACACAACUAUUGCAGACUGUUUUCUUCU